AUGGGUGCAACGGAGGGGGCUAAAAGUGCGGGGCAUUGUGUCCAUGAAUGUGAUGAGAAGGCAGUGGUAACCACCAGGCGGAAUAAGCAAGAGGUUUCUAACCGACCGCAGCCGACUGUGACUCAGCCUAGCAAGCACUUCCGGACCACCAACGUGUCAGCAGACAAUGCUGGAGGGGGCUACUGCCCCAGCUAUGCCUGGGGUUGCAGCAGACUCCACAGAGUCGCAAAGGAAGCAGCAGAGAAGCAAGCGGUCCAAGACACCAUUCAGGAGCUGAAGACAGCAAACAGCGCGCUAUCGCAGGAGCUUGCUCACGUGCGGACAACGUCGCAUGCGACGAUAACAGCGCUCAAGGACCACCUGUCCCACACCGAGGCCCAGCUCGCAGCCGAGAAGGAGCGCUCGCUUUCCUUCUACCAAGGCCUCAAAACCGCCAAGCAGACCCUAAAAGAAGACCGCGAGACGCGCCAGGUGGCAGUCACACGUGCCACCGCGGCCCUCACCCGACUCGACCGGGAAGAAGAUCACUGGCGAAAAAUUGACGGUGUGAAUAAGUCCCUCGAGAGGGAGCUGAGCGAAGCGCAGGCGCAGUUAGAACGACUUCGGCGGGUAGAGAAAGAGAGGGCCCUGUUGGAGGAGAGGUUGACUGAAGAGCGGCAGGGGAGGGAAAGGGCGGAGGGGGCGGCACAGGGCCUCCGGGAAGAGAAAACGCGGCUCGUGGGCGAACUUGAACGGUUGACGGGUGUGGAGGCGGUGCUGCGAGAAGUGGAGGAGACGAGAGACGCUCUGCAGGAGGCUCUGACCGAAGCCCGGGGCAGCCUAAACCGAGAACGGAAGGCCUGCCACGUGGCGAACGGGCAGGUGUCCACGUUGGAAGGCGAGAACGCAGAGCUGCGGGGCGAUCAGACGCGGAUGGAAGCUUUCCUCAAUGAGGAACAAGCACGGAUCAAGGAACUAGAGCAGCUUUUAGAACGAGUACUUCAGAAGAAGGCAGAACGGGAGCAGGAGAACCGGGUUCUAAAAAAGGACCUCGAGGUUGCUCUGACGGGCAGAGCGCAGGCUGAGGCGCGGGUGGAACAGCAAACGGUCUUAGCGGACGGGGAAAGGGAGGCGAAGCUCAGAGCGGAACGGAACGGAACGGAAUGCGCGGAACGGCUCGGCGAGGCUCGGAAAGAGGCGGCGUCGCUCGCGGAACUGCUGACGUCAGCUGAGGAGGAGCUACGGGCACUGGAUAACGAGUGCGAAGAAAUUUCCGCGCAACGCGCGCGUUGGGAGGCGAAGGCGGGCGAGGCUUGGGAAGAGCUUUCGACAACGAAAUGCAAGCUCGAGGACGUUGCAGCCAAGCUGCGGUUCGAAUCGAACGCGAGGGGGUGCGCCGAGAAAGACAACGAACGGCUGCGAUCGGAGAGUGCGAAAGUAGAGGAGGCUCUAAAGAGCACCCGCGGGGCAUUAGAAACGACUGACACAAGAUUGAAGGAAAGUAAAGAGGAGCUUCUCGCAGCGAGGGCCGAAAUGGAGGGCGUAAAGCGCGCGGUCGAGUGGGCCGAGAAACGCGCCGAUGAGGCGAAACGAGCUGCUGACGUGGCGGCCGAUCGCGCGACCGCCGAGCAUCGGACGGUCGAGAAGCUGAUGGCCGAGAUCGAAGGGUGGAGGGCGAAGAACGAGGCGUUGGAGGCUGACUUGGCGGGACACGUGGCAGCCCGGGAGCAGCAACUAGAGGCGGCGGUGCGGCGGGAGGUGGCGGCGAGAGACGAGUACGAGGAAAGGGAAAGGCGACUGAUAAUGAAACUGGACGGAAAAGAGAGGGAAUGGCUGGAAGCUCGGGAGAAGAGCCAGGAGCAUAACAGCGAGCGCGCAACCUCGCGCGCGGACCUGGACCGCGCCCUGGAGAAAGUGCGCGUUCUGGAGGCGCAGGCGCGCGACGCCCAGGACACGCUCCGGCGCGCGAUGCGCGCGCGCGAGGAGGCGGAGGGUGCGGCCAGCAAGGCGGCCGCGGACGCGGCCGCUGCGCGCGCGAAGGCCGCGACGCUGAGGAAAGAGAACGCGGCCAUGAUGGCGAACUACGACGCGUGGCUGAGAACGCUGGUCAAGAGUUCGAGGUUAACUCGCCCGCUAACCAAAGUUGCGUCAGCACUGCACGAAGCCGCUUACGAGUCGGUGCCGUUCUUUCGUUCCGUCCGGACAAACCACGAGCGGGGGGAUGCGGCUCAGUACAUGUCCAGUCCGGAAAGAGAUCCCCCCAGAAAGGACUACUUUGCAGCCCACAGGAAAUAUGAAUCUUCAAGAGAAAGGACAGCCCAAAGAAACACGUAUGCCGCUGACGACAGUAGCAAUAGUGGCGACUGA